GCCCCCAGUACCAACGACACAACGAAAACACUCAACAUAAAAUUUUCUUUCCUGAAGUUAAAGAAAUUUGGCAUUGUCGGGAAGAAGUCAGUCGUGCAAAUAUGAACUCUUCAGAUAAAAUUAUAAAGAAAUCUGUGUAAUUUUUUCCAUCCGAUCGCAACUGCGCAAAAGUGUACUGCGUUUGUGCCGCCUAGUAGAUUUAAAGGUACGCGACGACUGACGACUCAAUCACGGCCUGUGUCCGCUAUGGAAUCAAGGCAUGCGGUCGAGAUACGUAAUUUACGGAAGUAAACAUUGCUGAAUAAAGCUUGACGAGUGUGUAAACAAUAUAGGUGACUUAUUCGAUCUUGAUUAGAUAUUAAGAAAAGAAUUCUGUUUGCAAGCUCGAAACCGUUCUGAGACCAACAAUAUAUAAUAUCGUUAUAGUUAAAACCAAACCUUACACAGCAAAUGACAAAUAAAGAAUGGUCACCUGUAGAUGCAGAAGUAAAUAUUGGAUCAGUGUACUUAGUGAAUGGCUCUUUCCUCAGUAGUUGAAGUGAAAUUGAAAAACAAAAGGAAAAAGUAGUUUUUGUAGAUUGAACAUCCAUCAUGCCACCAUUUCGGCCAGUGCAGUCUCUGUACUCACUGACCCUUGGAGCAUUUUUUGAUGUAGUAUUGGAUGCAGUACACAGAUCAUCAGACUGUGUUGAUGUGCUCAGAAAGCUUGUGCUUUCAAGUUUACACACAGGGAUAAGGGAGCACCUUGUCCAGCUUGCAACCAUGCAUUGCAGAAAUGAUGCUUACACUCUUAUGGACUUACUGAGUGUAUUUUUGGAUCAUACUACGAGACGACUCGAUCAUUCGAGAGGUGAUGAUCAUGCUUGGUUAAGGGCAGAGCAGUGUGCUGGUCUUUUUACUCGCUUAGAUCAAUGUGGGGCAACAGGCCUACAUGAGUUGACAGUAAAGGUACGCCUGGACCCUCGGCAGGGGGGUGACUUGGAAACAGUUUCUGCUGCAAAUAAGUCAUUCCAUCGAGUACUUCGCAAUGGUUUGGCUCAGAAUUUGCAUACGCUCAUACUUAGAUCAGUGUGUGACAAUGAGAUUCUCAGAUUGCUGGGCCGUAACUGCCCAACUCUCAAUUAUCUAGAUGCUACGUCCUCCUGGCUCGUCGAUGAUGGUGGCAUAAGGCAGCUGUGUUUUAAGGAACCAGAACUAUAUAGUGACAUAUCUGAUGGCUACGCUGAUGGGAAUGAAACGUAUGUGGAUGUUUUCUUCCGUAUCCAGCCAUCGGAGCUAAAUACGUGUUGCAGAACUUUGCAUGAAGUUCGCAUACAGGAUACAAAUACUUCAGAAGUUGGGGUUAUCAUGCUUGUCUUGUUCAUUCCAAACCUCAAAUCAUUGGGUGGUUUUAUUUAUUACAGGAAUGUGGGUGACGCAAUAGUGAACCUAGCAUUGGAGCGAACCCUCGUCUUGUCCCUGACAGACCUGUGGGACACCAGCAUGCCCCCAGAGAAGGCCGCCUUGCUCUGCCGCUCAGUGCCUCAGCUCAGCAGCCUGUAUACGAGGGGAUCCUGGCUGUGCAGCCUGACAGCGUUCAAAAAUCUGACAUCACUCACAGUCGAUUUUGACUUUGUGGACUUUUCUUAUUCUUUGGAAGAAUAUCUUGUGCAGGCAGGCAGCACACUUAAAAAACUGGUGCUAGUAGAUCAGAAUCAUCCAAUUAGUCUUGUUAUGCUUGCUGAAAAUUGUCCAGCUUUGGAAGAAUUAGGAGCAAAGUUAGAAGGUGACUGGUUUGGGCGCUUUGGCAGUAUGCUUCCCGAAUUGAAAACGUGCCGCGUUCGCAUUGGAUCAACAGCUACACUGAGAUCAUUGCUUGUUCACGCCAAAAAUUUGACGGCACUUGAGCUGACAUUAGAAGAAGAUGCUGUUGGGGAUACACCAGAUGUGUUUGACGACAUGGUAAUUGCACAGGCAUUAGCAGAUAAUUCUGUCCCAGAAAAAUUGCGUGUGUUUCUCAUGAAUUCAGAGUGUAGCUUCACUGUCAAUGCUGUUCAGUUGAUGAUAAACUCCUGCCCAGAACUCAGGUUCCUAGGUGAACUCCAGAUGUGGACUGGACUAAAUGAGAGAGAUAUUGAAGAUUUGUUCCACGAAAUCCGAGAAAGAAAUUUGGACCUGAUGCUUAGAUACCGUGGUCACUGGUAUCCUUACAGGAAAGGCUGUCAUGCAAUUACUUCCAGAGACCAUUAAAGCUUCUUUGAGCACUGAUGUAAAUCAGAGCAACAACUGUAAAAACUGUUUGUUCAUAAUUUAAAUUUAUCUCGUUUUUGUCUUUACAUUUUGUACAGGUAGCUGUAAGAUUUUGAAUUGGAUUUUUUACAGUUAAGAGCUGUCAUUUAAUCCAGUGUGCUUGGUUUAGCAUGUGGCCAUUGAGUGACAUCUAAGUGAAAAAGAUAUGUAAUAUGUUUUACUAUUCGCAGACAGUAUGAAAUUUUACCCAUCUCCAUUGAUAUUAAAAAAAUCAAAAGUUUGUGUGUUCAUUUCUUUUGGAGAGAUAUCGAGGAAGUGCUGCUGCCUUUGGAUAUUAUGUCUUUGUCAUUAGAUAAAUGAAAAACUGUGAUUCUUUUCUGUAUAUAUUUGGAUACAUCUACUCACAGUGGAAUGUGUAAACAUGAAACUUUAUCAGUGACCCAUUAUUUCCAAGGUUUGAGUCAAUGUAAGAAGCAUCAAGAUGGUGUAUACUAAAGUGUGCAUUGUACAGUAAGCUGUAGUGCCAUUUGUGCUGUAAUGCAAAUAAACAGAUGAAAUGUGUACUACAUGAA